CAAUCUCUCUCUCUAGAAAAAAUCAAGAGAAACACUUCUCUCGCUCCUCAUGGUAAGACUUCUUCUGUAACUCCUAUAUACAGACUUGACACAUAUAUGUGUUGAUAACAUCUCGUUCUACGAGACUAACCAUGGAACUCUUGUCUUCCUAAAAGAUUUUGCUUCUUCUUUUUUACAUGGCAUGUCUCAGUCAUAGAUCUGUUGGUCAACCUAACCAUUGAAAGCUUCAAAUUUCUUUUCUGGAGGGACGAGUCAUGGAGUAAAAUAAAACAAGAAGCGUUGUAAUGUAUUUCUCCGGCUUGUCCAACGACGAAAUGUUGUACGAGAAACGUUUUGAAACGUAUGAAGAAAGUUCUAAGCAGAAUCAAAUUAAAAUGGUGACUCUAUUUGGGCAGCAGCUUUCAUUUCAGGUGUAUACCGCAAAAGAGGAAAGCAUUGUAUUUCCCUUGAGGACUGAAGCAUAUGGCACAAAUUUGUUUGGCAAGAAAAGUGAGAAAGUGAAUAUCUCAAAUGGAUCUUCAUGUUUGCUGGAUCUUAAUGAAACCCCGGCUAAUGAGCCGGUUUCUAAUAAUCAUCAAUACUUCUUCCAAGAUCUGAACCUGCCACACACUGAGGAGACAAACAUGAGCGACGAGAAGAGCGGUUUAGAUAGUGUCCAUGAAAAAGAUUGUACAGCAUCUCCAUCUUCAUGUUGCACCGCGGAAAACAACACAAGGACUCAUGAUCAGCUACAAGAUUCGUGUGAGCUAGUCCAAAAUGCAGCUCAAUGUUUACUCCAGCUUUCAGCGGGUUUGCUCAAUCAGAGUCAUGACUCAUCAUUCAAACUUGGAUUAACAGCUAUCAGCUCAUCUCAAGAUCACGAGAUGGGUGUGGAAGAACCGAGUCGUUCUUGUGAUUCGUUUGAGCUACACACUUUAAGAAUAAAAGAAACCAUCCUUGAAGAGGUCUGUUGUGUAACAUCAAAGGCCACAUAUGACUUGAGUAACAAGAAAGAGUCUGGAGUCAAGCUGAGAAGAGGAAGGAGAAUGAAGAAUUUCCAAAAAGAGAUACUCCCGGAACUUGUAUCACUCUCUAGACAUGAGAUCCAAGAAGAUAUCAACAUCUUAGAGACAGUUUUAAGAUCGAGAGAAUACAAGAAGUUGCAAGGAAAGACUAAAGAUGGAAAAUGUAAACCAAACCCGAGAAACAACAAAGGUUUGACUCAGAGGUAUAUAGGUAGAAGAAGGAGACAAACCGGAUGACGAAAUUUCCCGGUUUAAUAGAUAUUGCUUUAGCUUCAUAGAUUUAGCUUUAUCACAUAGCAGCUUCGGAUCAUUGAUUUAGUGAUCUUCAAAUUCUUUAUUGAACCUAUUUGAACAUGAUUUACGUGCCAAAAUUUAGUUAGGGCUGGUUGGUUCCGUGUAUUAAUUAAUGGGCUUAAUGGGCCUGUUGAUUAGGCCCUUUGAAUUUUACUUAUACUUGUAAAAUAGUAAUAUUCUCCC